UCCGGCUCGAAACAUCGGCUCAAAAACACCAUGUGGAGUGUCAUAUGUCCUAGUUAGCCCUACAUUUCUUCUAGUAUUAUAAUAUUUUUUCAGCAAAAAUAUGAAUUUGUUACCGCGUACCGCCGAGGAGUUCAGUUCGGCAGAGUACUGGGAAAGAUUCUUUAAGAAGCGCGGAGAGAAGUCCUUCGAGUGGUAUGGCGACUACAACAAACUGUGUGGGGUGCUGCAUAAAUACAUCAAAAUACAAGACAAGGUGCUGGUGGUCGGCUGCGGCAACUCGGAGCUGAGCGAGCAGCUGUAUGACGUCGGCUACAAACAUCUGACCAACAUCGACAUCAGCGAGACCGUCGUGUCCCACAUGAACCAGAGGAACGCCGACCGUCGGCCCGGCUUGACGUUCCAGCAGGUGGACGCCACUCGGACGCCAUACGAGGACGCGUGCUUCCAGGCGGCUCUGGACAAGGGCACUCUGGAUGCCAUGGCGGCCGAGGAAGAAGGAGCGCUGGCGAGGAAUAUGCUCGCUGAGGUAGGCCGCGUGCUGAGUGUGGGCGGUAGAUACGUGUGCGUCACACUGGCUCAGGAGGCCGUGAUCCGCCUGGCUGUGGAGCACUUUGCCCAGCUGGGAUGGGCGGUGAGGCUUCACUGCCUGCAGGAAGAAACCAGCGCGGAUGAGGCGGAGGGCUCCUUCGCUCUGCCCGUUUUCGUCCUGGUCUGCACCAAGUUCCGCCAGCCCAUGCUGACGCCCAUUUUGGAGAUGUGCCUCGGCGAAGACGGGGCCCCGACCCGCCUCGCGCGGGUGGCGGACUUGCUGACGGCCGUGCGGGAGCGUCAGGCGUACUCGGUCCUGAGGAAGAGGCUCCGCACCGGGACGGACGCCGCCGCCAACCUGUCGCUCACUCUGUGCCAGGCCAAGACGGGGCUGCCCAGAUACACGCUGACUGUGCAGGAUUCACCACCCGGGACCAAAGUGCCGAGGUCCAACCCGUUUGCCAUUUUUAUUGUGCCUCAAGGGAGUGAGACAGCGUGGCUCUACAGCUCCAGCGAGGGACGCCGGCAGCUGGCAGCCAGCGCUAACUUUCGCCGCUUGCUCAUUGUGGCCAUGCACAGGAAUCAGGAGUACGCCGACAUGCAGGCCGUCCAAUCAGAACUCUCGCCGAUGGUGAUGGACUUGGCUCCGCCGGGAAUGGCCGACAAUCAGCAGGUCCCCUUUCUGUCCGUCGGCGGCGACCUGGGCUGGCGAGAGGUGGUCAGCAGGGGCGUGAGCGAGCACAGUGGGGAGUACUGCGUGGAGAACGUCAGAGGGGAGGACGGCGAGCUGUACCGCAGACUGGUCUUCCUGUCCAACGUGGAUCUGGUACAGUCUGAGAGUCGCCUCGUCUCCUCGAUCAGCGCAUCCAGUCACAAGAAGAAGAGCAAAAAGAAAAGCAAACAAUCCUCGGCGGCGCCGCCGUCCUCUCUGUCAGUGCACAGCGGCUUCCUGUGCUGCGCUCACCACAAAGUCAUGGUCGCUGCCCUCGCCAUGCUGGACUUGGACAUGGAGAACGACAAAGAUGUCCCUGUGUCGGUGCUCCUGGUGGGACUGGGAGGAGGAGGCCUGCCUCAGUUCCUGCGGGACUUUGUACCCGGUGUUUCUGUGGAGGUGGUGGAACUGGAUCCGGCGGUGCUGGAAGUGGCCAAGGAGUGGUUCUGCUUUCGUCCCGACGAUCACCUGACCGUCACGCUCGGGGACGGCCUGGAACGCAUCUGUGCCUUGGAAAAAGAAGGCGGACGCUUUUUUGACGCCAUAAUGUUCGACGUGGACAACAAAGACAGCACGGUGGGUAUGAGCAGUCCGCCUGCUGCCUUUGUAGAAAGCGCCGUCUUGCACCAAGUCAGUCGCCUUCUAACCCCUAAAGGUGUUUUCAUACUUAACCUGGUGUGCCGAGACUCCGCCUUGAGGAAAGACGUGCUGGAGCGUGUGAGCCGCGUGUUCCCGACGAUCCUCUUCAGGGCGAUCGACGGGGAGGUGAACGAGGUGCUCCUCUGCGCUUGCGGGGAAAGCGUCCCGUUAGCGUCGCUGAAGCGAGCGAGCGGCCGCCUGCAGAGCGCGCUGCGCUCGGACGUGAGCAGGGGGCCCCAGAUAGACAUUGCUGACUUGUUGAAAGACUUGAGAGUCGCGUGAGAGCACCGGGCACUUAAGUACGGAAGUAUUAAUGUACAAAACCCAAAACCAGUGAAGUUAGCACGUUGCGUAAAUGGUAAAUAAAAACAGAAUACAAUAAUCUGCAAAUAAUUUUCAACUUAUAUUCAAUUGAAUAGACUGCAAAGACAAGAUACUUAACGUUCAAACUGGAAUUUUAUUUAUUUUUUCAAAUAUUAUCUCAUUUGGAAUUUGAUGCCUGUAACAUGUUUCAAAAAAGGUGGCAAAAAAGAUUGAUAAAGUUGAGGACUGCUCAUCAAACACUUAUUUGGAACAUCCCACAGGUGAACAGGCUAAUUGGGAACAGGUGGGUGCCAUGAUUGGGUAUAAAAGCAGCUUCCAUGAAAUGCUCAGUCAUUCACAAACAAGGAUGGGGCGAGGGUCACCACUUUGUCAACAAGUGCGUGCGCAAAUUGUCCAACAGUUUAAGAACAACAUUUCUCAACCAGCUAUUGCAAGGAAUUUAGGGAUUUCACCAUCUAGAGCGCAGGAAGCCUAUCUCAAUCAGUGCGUCUGUAAUCCGAUACCCGUGUACUAAUUUGCUUGUCUGUAUUUCAAUCUGUGUGUGUGUAAUGAGAUUUGCAUAUUUUAUUUUAUGUCCAUAUUUAGAUUUGUGUGUUUGUGAAAACAAAUCUGUCUGUACUUGUGUGUGUGUGUGUGUGUGUGUGUGUGUGUGUGUGUGUGUGUGUGUGUGUGUGUGUGUGUGUGAGAGAGAGAAACAAUCUGAAUCAGAAAUACUUUAUUAAUCCCAGAGGGGAAAUUUGAGAUUUUCAGCAAAAUCCCAUUCAAGAGCAGACAAAUGUUAGAGCAGGGGUCCCCAAACUACGGCCCGCGGGCUGAAUACGGCCCGCCAGCGUCCAAAAUCCGGCCCACGGGAAGUCUCAAGUUUUGUCUUUUUAUUAGUCCGACCGCUUCUGUUAGCUACCUCUCUUUGUUUAUAAUGUCUAUUUUCUGCUGGAUCUACUCUCUAUUUUAUGCUGCCCUUUUAUUUGCUGCAGCUGUUACAUAUACUGUAAUAUUGUACAUCAGGGGUGUCCAACUCAUUUUAACUCGGGGGCCGCAUGGAGGGAAAUCUGUGCACACGCGGGCCGGACUAUUAAAAUCAUGGCAUUGAAACUAAAAAAAUAAAGACAACUUCAGAUUGUUUUCUUGGUCUUACUUUGGCCAAAAAC